AUGGCCCCAUCUAAUGAUCCCGCCUCUCUGCUUAUGUCCGCAGCAGUUCCAGCAUUCAAGUGCCCUACCGGGACCAAGAUGCACAUCUUGAACUUUGGUACCCUACAAGCGGAUGAAUCAUGGAUCCUCCGAGGAGCUAACUCAAGCACCUUGAAGAAUCCGAAUCCGGUGAACAAACGUCGGGAUCUAAUUCUCCUUUCAGCCCUCAUUGAGUACCCAGGUGUUGGCCUCAUUCUAUAUGACACAGGCUGUGCGGAAGAUCUAGAAGUGAAAUGGCCCGCCCCAGCCACAGAUAUCUUUCCCCGAGUCGAAUACUCCGACAACCAUCGGCUACCAAAUGCGAUCAAAGCCACCGGGAACGAUAUCAAAGACGUGAAAGCUGUCAUUGUUAGCCACCUUCACCUCGAUCAUGCAGGAGGACUCGAACAUUUCGUCAACACAGAUGUACCAAUCUAUGUCCACGAAGAAGAGUUCAAACAUGCUUGCUGGGCCGUUGCAACGGGGGCAGACCUGGGUACCUACUUAGGGCACUAUAUGCUGCUGGAAGAGUUGAAGUGGAACACCUUCACCGAGUCACAAUUCGACCUUUUCCAGGGCAUAAUCCUUCACCACUCGCCCGGCCAUUCACCUGGACUGUGCAUCAUGCAAGUUAACCUGGCCAAUGAUGGAACAUUUUUCUGGACCUCGGACCAAUUCCACGUUGCCGAGAACUAUGAGCUAGGACAACCUCAAGGGGGACUGGCCCGGGAUCAUACUGCGUGGUAUCGCAGUUUGAACAUGAUUCGCAGACUGCAAAGACUAUAUAAUGCACGGAUAGUAUAUGGCCACGACAUGAAUCUUGCUCGCAAGCUCAUCAAUGAAAAACCAUACUACGAGUGA